CCGGGCGGCAGGCGCGGCGGCGACGCUAGCCCGGCCCUCGGCCCCUGCUCGCGGCCCCCGCUCCGCCGGCCUCGGCCGACAUGGACCUGCCCGUGGGCCCCGGCGCGGCGGGGCCCAGCAACGUCCCGGCCUUCCUGACCAAGCUCUGGACCCUCGUGAGCGACCCCGACACGGACGCGCUCAUCUGUUGGAGCCCGAGCGGGAACAGCUUCCACGUGUUCGACCAGGGCCAGUUUGCCAAGGAGGUCCUGCCCAAGUACUUCAAGCACAGCAACAUGGCCAGCUUCGUGCGGCAGCUCAACAUGUACGGCUUCCGGAAGGUGGUCCGCAUCGAGCAGGGCGGCCUGGUGAAGCCCGAGAGGGACGACACCGAGUUCCAGCAUCCGUGCUUCCUGCGUGGCCAGGAGCAGCUGCUCGAGAACAUCAAGAGGAAAGUGACCAGCGCGUCCACCCUGAAGAGUGAGGACAUCAAGAUACGCCAGGACAGUGUCACCAAGCUGCUGACGGACGUGCAGCUCAUGAAGGGCAAGCAGGAGUGCAUGGACUCCAAGCUGCUGGCCAUGAAGCACGAGAACGAGGCCCUGUGGCGCGAAGUGGCCAGCCUGCGGCAGAAGCACGUCCAGCAGCAGAAAGUGGUCAACAAGCUCAUCCAGUUCCUGAUCUCACUGGUGCAGUCCAACCGGAUCCUGGGGGUGAAGAGAAAGAUCCCCCUGAUGCUGAAUGACAGCAGCUCCGCACAUUCCAUGCCCAAGUUCGGCCGGCAGUACUCCCUGGAGCACGUCCCCGGGGCCGGCCCCUACGCGGCCCCAGCCCCAGCCUACAGCAGCUCCAGCCUCUACUCGACGGACACCAGCUCGGGACCCAUCAUCUCCGACAUCACGGAGCUGACACCCUGCAGCCCGCUGGGCUCCGCCAGUGCCAGCGCAGACGAGAGGCCACUCUCCCACAGCCCCCUGGUGCGGGUCAAGGAGGAGCCCCCCAGCCCGCCACGGAGCCCUCGGGUGGAAGAGGCGAGUCCUGGGCGCCCAUCCUCUGUGGACACCCCCCUGUCCCCAGACACCUUCAUCGACUCCAUCCUGUGGGAGAGCGAGCAUGCCCCUGCAGCCGCCUCAGCUGCUGCCCUCCCGGAAGUGGGAGGCCGCCCCCCCUCGGCCCCACCGCCCCCCACCCCCGAGAAGUGCCUCAGCGUAGCCUGCCUGGACAAUGUGGCUCGCACUCCACAGAUGUCUGGGGUCGCCCGCCUCCUCCCCUGCCCCUCCUUUCUGCAUGGCCGAGUCCAGCCAGGGAACGAGCUCAGCGACCACCUGGACGCCAUGGACUCGAACCUGGACAGCCUGCAGAACAUGCUGAGCGGCCACGGCUUCAGCGUGGACACCAGCGCCCUGCUGGACCUGUUCAGCCCCUCCGUGACUCUGCCGGACAUGAACCUGCCUGACCUGGACAGCAGCCUGGCCAGCAUCCAGGACCUGCUGUCUCCCCAGGAGCCCCCCAGGCCCCUGGAGGCUGAGAACGGCCCCGAUUCAGGCAAGCAGUUGGUCCACUACACAGCGCAGCCCCUGCUCCUGCUGGACCCCGACGCUGUGGACACGGGAAGCAGCGAGUUGCCAGUCCUCUUCGAGCUUGGCGAGGGUUCCUGCUUCUCCCAAGGAGAGGACUACUCGGACGACCCCACCAUAUCCCUGCUCACCGGCUCCGAGCCCCCCAAAGCCAAGGACCCUGCUGUCUCCUAGAGGGCCUGGAGGAGCCGGGCCGCCCGCCCAUCUGCUUGCCGCCCCAGCGUCGGGCUGCUUUGGGCCGGCGGGCUGGGAGCCACAGUUGCCUUCACCCCUCCCAGUGUGCAGUGGUUCAGCGGUGCUUGGACUGAGCCUGCAGGCCACCCACGGCAAAGUUGUAUUUUGGCUUUUUACUCAUGAGCCCCCUUCCCCUCCCCCAGGCGGAUGUGUGUCCCGGGCCGGAGGGUGAGACAGACGCAUAAAGGGACAGGCUCAA